AUGGUCCUUGGCGAAGCGCCUCUCUUCCGCACGCACAACAACACGCACACCCUGCACUGGGUCGACCCUCUCAAGACCCCCUCCGAGCUCCACAUUUUACAUCUCAGCCCCAACGAUCCCAGCCUUCCGGACGGCGAUGCCAAAACCCUUGUUCUGGAAGAUAGCGUAUCGGUCAUGUGCUUCAGGAAAGGGGUGAAGGGGAGUUAUAUCUGUGCUUAUUACCAGGGGAUUGCUUUCCUCGACGAGGAGACGGGGAAACUCGAUGUUGUGAGGGAGAUUAUCCCGCAGAGCGAGAGGGCAGAGUUGAGAUUGAAUGAUGGAGCCAUUGAUGCCAAAGGCCGGUUUUGGGUGGCUGAGAUUGACAAAAAGGCAGCAGCUAUGGGACCGGGAAAGAUCCCCGCAAGUUACGAACCCAAGGGCCGGUUAUGGAGGUAUGAUCCGGAUGGGUCUCUGCAUCAGAUGGAGAGUGGGGUGAUUUGUGGCAAUGGAAUUGGAUGGAGUCCAGACAUCAAAACCAGUGAGUUUCCUUCCACCAAUGCAACUUCCAUGAAACUCCAUGUACAGCAAGUAGUCGCUAAUUGUUGUGGUGGGGGAAAAGUGUAUUUCAAUGACUCAGUCGGCCAAAAGACCUGGGCGUAUGAUUUUGAUCUCGAAAGCGGUUCCAUCUCAAACCAGAGGGUGUUUGUGGAUUUCGCGGGAUCGGAUAUGGAGCCGGACGGAUUGGUUAUGGACACGGACGGGAAUAUCUGGAUGGCAGUGUACGGAUCUAGUCGAGUUAUGGUCUAUGAUCCUUCAGGCAUACACGUUAGAGAUGUUUUGUUUUCAGCAAAAGCAGUAACAUGCCCAACUUGGGGAGGGAAGAACCUAGAUGUUCUGUUCGUUACUACUGCACAAGACAAAGGUGCAGGGGGGGAAGAUGAAGGUGGUCAUGUUUACCGAUAUGAAGCACCAGCAGGAACGAGAGGACAGCCUAAACAUGAAUUUGGAGGAUAG